AAAACGUACGACAGUUUCAUUGUAGUCAUCAACGAGUAAAGACACAACUCGCUAUAUCGAUUUAUUCCAUUUUUCCGUUGCUCAUCGUCAACUUGCUCCUCACGUUCGAGACGUUUUCUUUUUCGUGGUAUAUGUGCAACAUAAUCAGUACUAUUCGUUGAAAUUUAUAUAUACACAGUUCAUAUGUGCAUAGUUGUUUGUUGGUCGUUCGGUGAACAUGCGGUGAAAUAAUAGAAAAAAAAGAGAGAAAUAAAUAACACACAACCGAGAUACGGAAAGAAUAAUAAAUGUUGGAUUCGGCGCAUUGUGAAAUAUAAAUAGACCGAUUGCCGUUUGCAUCUACGGUAUAAACUUCACCAUACAACAGUCUGUUUACAACACUCACAUACACAUAUAUGUUGCGUGCGCGCGCUCGUUUCAUUUGGUUAAUAUUCAAUAACAAUGAUUAGAGUGAAUGAGAUGGUGAACGGGAUUCGGGCAAUACACAUACACACACACACAUUCACAUUCACAUUUCAUAUGCCCUAAUGUAGUGCACACAUGAUAAAAACGUUCGUUCAUUUCGGAGGGGUGUGAUGGUUUUGAGCAGCGCGAACAAACAUUUUGCGAUUCAAAACGAGAAAUCAUUAGAAGUGAGUUUUUGCCGUAGAUGGAAGUGAAAGAGAGUCAUUCUCAUAAAUACACAAUUCAAUAUUGAACUUUUUGUUUUAAUCAUAAAUGUGCGAAACGAAAGUUUAAAAGUCAGUGUGACAAAGUGAAGAGCGGAAAUUUUUAUGUAUGUGUGAUUAAAGAAAACAGGGUGCGUAUAUAUUCACCAAAAUCGUUUGCCAAAAAGAAAAUUCUGAGAUAAAACAUGGCUGGUGUGCGAAAUAGCUUCGAUCGAGAUUACAUCGGUUUUGCCACACUGCCCGAGCAAGUCCAUCGAAAAUCAGUGAAACGUGGUUUUGAUUUUACAUUAUUAGUGGCAGGCGAAACUGGACUAGGCAAGUCAACUCUAAUCAAUUCGCUGUUUUUGGGCGAUUUGUACAAGAAUCGUGUUGUACCAACGGUGACCGAACGCCUUGAACGUACCACACAAAUCGAAAAGAAACAAAUGGAAAUCGAAGAACGAGGCGUUAAAUUACGUUUAACCAUUGUUGAUACACCUGGUUUUGGUGACAGCAUCAAUAGCGAAGAAAGCUGGCGAACCGUCAUCAACUACAUCGACGAUCAAUAUCGUCAAUUCUUUACGGACGAGAGCGGUUUGAAUCGCAGAAAUAUUCAAGAUAAUCGUGUACAUUGUUGUUUAUACUUUGUACCGCCGUAUGGUCAUGGUCUUCGUCAGAUGGAUAUUGAUUUUCUGCGUCGAUUGCACAAAAAAGUGAAUGUUGUACUUGUAAUUGCGAAAGCAGAUGCACUCACAACCAACGAAAUGAAACGGCUCAAAACAAACAUUUUAAACGAUUUGGAAACGCAUAAAAUUGAUUUGUAUCAAUUUCCCGAUUGUGAUUCCGAUGAAGAUGAAGAAUUCAAGCAACAAGAUCGUGAACUCAAAGAAAGCAUUCCAUUUGCUAUUGUCGCAAGCAACAGUCUUGUUGAAGUUGGUGGCAAAAAGGUGAGAUGUCGAACGUAUUCGUGGGGCUGCGUUGAAGUUGAGAAUCCACAGCACAGUGACUUCAUAAAGUUGCGGCGAAUGUUGAUUUCAACCCAUAUGCAAGAUUUAAAAGACACCACACAAGAUGUUCAUUACGAAAACUAUCGUGCCCAGUGCAUUUCACAGAUAUCACAGCACGCAAUGCGCGAUCGAAGUAAAUCCAAACGUGAAUCUGUAUCAUCAAAUGAUACAAAAUCAUUCGAUACAAUCAGUGAAACCGAUCGUUUACUUCUACAAAAAGAUGAAGAGAUUCGUCGAAUGCAAGACAAACUGGUGCAAAUGCAGGAAAAACUCAAAACAAACGCGAUUUUGGAGAUGAAUAAGAAAAACGAUAGCGUUAUUGAUGUUUAAUUUGUUUGUUUUGUUCUCUUGUUUGGUGUGUGCGUGUGUCGAGUGGAAAAAUCUGCAUUUCAAAUUGAACAUCCCACAUUGUAAAUUAGAACUUGUAAUGCAAUCCGCACAUGUGUUAUGGCGCACGAAUGAAUAACGAGUUUUGUUUUUCUGUGGUCGGUUUGGAGCCGAUUCAAUGACGCUAAACAACAAGCAAUGAUUUUAGAUUUUUUUCUUUGAUCAACCUGAUUUUUAAUUUGUUGACUGUAUGUCGUGUAUCAAGCCAAUGUUUAUUUUUUUUAAAAUCCGUAUAGUGCAACGACAAAAACAACAAUGGACCCGAAACGCACAAUUUUGUUCGGUUGGAAUAGUUCGUGUACUUUUUUUGUCACACACUCACAUUAAACUUGACAGAUUUAUCACUCCUCAGUAUGUAAGAGUUUUUUUCUUCUUUGAGUGCGAUGCACAGAGAUUGCAUCGUCAACAUAAAGAAUCUACAUCGAAGCAACACAAAUUACUAAUUCUACACAAACUAAUAUUAUGCGGAAAAAUGAGAGAACGAAAAUAAGGAACCUGAUCGGUUACAUAUAUAUUGUAGGAAAAUCAAAUUAUAUAUACAUCUAAUGCCCUUUUCCAUGAGCUACUAAAAUUAAAUUUAGAAUUUUUUUCAAAUGAAAUAUUUUUUAUUUAUUUAUUUAAAUAUUGCUUCUAUUUUAUCAAAAGAAAUUUUAUUUUCAAGAAAUUUCGUGAAAUCGAUACGAUAAAUAUUAAACACAGAAUGAUUUAUUAGUGAAAUUUCUGUCUGAAUAAUCAGUAUGAUGAAAAGUACUGAAAAUUGCUUCCAAUAUGUUUUUCGUCUGUAUUUAGUGAAAUCAAAAUUUUCUUAGUCAAUAUUAAUAUAUUUGAAUCGAAUCAAAAGCGAACUCUUUCGUUUCACACAAUCAAAUCGACAUUUUCAACCAUACAAUGAUUUUUGGAUAGAAUAGAUCCGUAAGAUCUCCGCAAGAUCCGGAUCCAAGCGUGCGUACGUAGCCGCAUGAUACAUACAUUCCUUACUCCG